CCCUUCAACAUGCACUAAACACUGAUGCAUCGUGGGUACUUGGUUGGAAAUCACGUUUGGAUCCAGCAUGGCAGGAAAGCAGAAAAGGAAGCUAGAGGACCUAAGCGUGGAUGAGUUCCUGCUGUCUGGAUUUGACUCCGCAUGCGAGGAAGAUUCUGAAGAUGAAGCUCCCAACAAGAAUGCACAGAAGAAGAAAAAAGCAGGAAAAUCUGCAGUUAAAGAGAAUGAUGUUGCGAAGAAAGGCAAGGCAUCCCAGCACAAGGACCAGUUGUCCAGGUUAAAGAGUAAAGAUCCCGAGUUCUACAAGUUCUUGGAGCAGAAUGACCAGACUCUGCUCAACUUUGACGACACAGACAGCUCAGAAGAUGAAGAGGAGAGGAAAUACCACACACUCCCCAGUCAGCUGGCGGAGGCCAGUUCGGAUGACGAGGAAGAACAAGGCUCUGCACCAAAAUCCCAAAAGACUGUGGAGGCCAUCAAAGUCACAGAUAAAAUGGUGGAAGACUGGCGAGCAGCUCUCAAGGAGGAGCCCACACCCCGCCUCUUCAGAGAGAUCACCCAAGCCUUCAAGGCUGCCGUGGCAACCACCAAAGGAGAGGCGGGAGAUCCGUGUCGAUACAAAGUAGCCGACAGCUCAGUGUUCAAUGCCCUGGUGCUGUUCUGUAUCAGAGAUGUAUAUGUGGUCCUACAAAGGAUGCUGAACCUCAAACCAGACAAAGACCAGAAGAAGCCAGUGCUUCCGUCGUCGAGCCCAAAGUGGCAGAAGAACAUGGUGGACAUAAAGAUGUACCUCAGUGGGAUCGUCCAGCUGCUGUCGUGUCUCACAGAGGCCACGGUCAUCAGUGCUGUCCUGAGGCACGCUAACCAGCUGGUGCCAUACUUCCUGUGUCUGCCCAAGCAGUGCCGACACCUACUGAAGCAACUGAUCAAGCAGUGGAGCACAGGGGAGGAGAUCAGCCGAGUGGUGGCCUUCCUGGCCCUCAACAAGAUCUGCAGACACAAACAAGACACAUACCUUAACCCCAUCCUCAGGCAAAUGUACAUCUCCUACGUUCAGAACUGUAAGUUCACCUCGCCCAACGUGCUGCCUCUCAUCAACUUCAUGCAAAGGACCCUGACUGAGAUGUACUCACUGGAUACACAGGCCUCUUACCAGCAUGGCUUCAUCUACAUACGACAGCUGGCCAUCCACCUGAGGAACGCCAUGACCAUGAAGAAGAAGGAGACAUACCAGUCUGUGUAUAACUGGCAGUUUGUCCACUGUCUGUACCUGUGGUGUCGUGUGCUCAGCACCAUCCACCCCAGCGACGUCCUCCAGCCGCUCAUCUACCCUCUGUGCCAGGUCAUAGUGGGCACCAUCAAGCUGGUGCCCACCUCACGGUACUACCCUCUCAGGAUGCACUGUGUGCGAGUCCUCACCCUCCUCUCUGGCAGCACCGGCACCUUUGUGCCCGUGAUGCCCUUCCUCCUCGAGAUCAUUCAACAGGUGGACUUCAACAAGAAGCCAGGCCGCAUGAGUGCCAAACCCAUCAACUUUGCUGUGAUCCUGAAACUCAGCAAUACCAACCUCCAGGAGAAGGCUUAUAAGGACGGCCUAAUCGACCAGCUGUAUGACCUGAUGCUGGAGUACUUCCACUCCCAGGCCUGCUCCAUUGGCUUCCCUGAGCUGGCCCUGCCCACCAUCAUCCAGCUGAAAGCGUUCCUGAAGGAAUGCAAAGUGGCCAAUUACUGCAAGCCAGUCCGCCAGCUGCUGGAGAAGGUACAGGAGAACUGCAGCCACAUCACAGGGCGGAGACAGAAGGCCGCCUUCGGAGUGGCCCACGCCACCGCCGUGGUGGCGUGGGAGAAGCAGGUGCUGGAGGAGGGAACUCCCCUCACCAGGUAUUACACCCAGUGGAAGAAGCUGAGAGAGAAGGAGAUCCAGCUGGAGAUCUCUGGCAAGGAGAGGAUGGAAGACCUGGACCUGCCUGAGGUGAAGAGAAGGAAGCUGAAGGAUAAGAAGGAGCAGGACAAGAAGGACUUCACGGAUCUCUUUGCUUCUGACAGCGACUCGGACGAUAACGCCACAGCUCUCACAUUCAAAGGCAAAAAGAAAAACCUGGAUUCGGACGACGAAGAUCUGGAGGAUCUGUCUGACCUGAGUGAUGACGAGGGCGUGGACGCGGACCAAGAUGGCGCCUCAGAUGCUGGCGAUGGUGAGGAUGGUGAUGAUGAUGAAGAGGAGCGUCAGGCAGCCAAGGCUCCCAAGCAGCUGUCCAGCAAGGCCCUGAUGGAGCUGGCUGAGGGGGAGGAGGACCUGGUGGAGGACCUGCAGCUGUCUGACCAGGAGGACUGAGCGCACACACACGCACAAUAUGUGCACCUCGCAUUUCUUCUCUCAACCAUUUAGUUUAAUUUGAAUUUUGUACGUGACAGUUAUUGUACAGUGCCACCAUGUACAAAGUAUAAAAGUUUCAAUCCA